AUGGCCAAGGGAAAGGCUAAGGCUGAUGCUUUUGCAUCCUCUCGUGAGAGUGCUACAAUGAAGUCACUUCGGGAAACACUUGUUGCCACUGGCCCUCCCCCAAUGCCACAGCUUACUGAUCCUCAUGCAGCAUUAUUGCAGAGACUAGAGGCAAUCCCAAUGACACCAAAUGAGAGGGUUCUUCUUGGUGAACAUUUGUCUACCAAGGAAAUUAAAGUGUCAAGAAAAUCAUUUUCUUGA